GAAGGCGGCACGGCAGUCGAUGCUGUAGAAGCAGCAGUACGUGUUUUGGAGGACAAUGUGUUUUUUAAUGCUGGCUAUGGAUCGGUUUUGAACCGUAAUGGUGAAGUGGAAUGCGGUGCAAUGAUUAUGGAAGGACACACGUUAAACAAUGGUAGAAUUACACAGAUUACUAGCUGUAAUCCUUAAACCCCCUAACCCCCAAUAUAUUCUAUAUAGUAUCUUAUUCUGGUUUACGAAAUGUCAGAGACUGCUUAAAGAUAUUAUAGAAGAAAACAUAUUAUAGGUGUGCUUAGUGCCGCAUAGUUUUCUACCGAGCACUUUUAAGUGUUUGUGUGGUCGAUUCCAACAUUCAGAAAAAUGAAUGCAUGUGUUGAUAUAUGGAGAAAGUUCGGUUUCGUUUGCCAGUAUUUUUUGUUUUGAUGCCAUAUAGCAGUAUAGUGCUUGGUGCCGCUAAUACAUACAGGUGCCGCUUAUACGCCGCCAUUUAAACAUACAGACAUUUUUCGUAUUAAACAUCUUUCGGCGACUUCUCCAUACAACCUACUUAAAUCUUUAGGUACAGUAAUCUCUGGAAGUAUUUUCGUAAUCACUGUAGUUUCUCUCUUCAAAAAAAUCAUGCAUGAAUCAGCUCAUAUUGUGCCUUAAGUGCAAUUACAACUGCUUGCGCCUCUGACUAGUGAUAUUUAAUAAUGCUAUUUUCGGAUCUUUUAAAGAAACUCGUUAUUUUGGGGAUAUCGUUAUUUAUUCAUUCUUCAUAUUUAACACUCUUCCCUUUCAGGCUUCCCAUUACCAUGAUUUUACUCACAUCUUUAGGUGCAGUGAUCUCUGGACGUCAUUUUAAAAAUCCUGUUUCUCUCUCCAAAGAAAUCAUGUACGAAUCAUCUUGUUGCGCUUUAAGUGGAGAUGGCGCUCUGGAAUUUGCUAGGGAAAAAAACUUUCCUAUUUGUAAACCUGAAGAACUGAUACAUACCCCAGGGCCAACCCCCGCGGACGGCCCAGACACAUCACGCACAGACACAGUAGCUGCUGUUGCUAUAGAUGCCAAUGGUCAUUUGGCGUGUGCAACGUCAACAG